AUGCGGGAAACCGUCUACGAGAUCAUGUUUGAGGCUAGCAACGAGCGGGACAGCCUGGCGCACCUCAUCCUGCGCUCCAUCCUCGACUGCACCCUGGACGUGAGGCGUGCUCUGGUCGAGAGUGUGUUCCUCGUGGGCGGCGGCUCCAUGGUCCAGGGCCUGCUGGCCCGACUUCGCCAGGAGCUGCAGCACCUGCUCGCCAAGGAUCCCUUCUACGCCGAGCGCUUCCACGGCAAGCUGCAGUUCAAGUUCUUCAAUGCCAUUGGCAAGCAGAACUUCACCGCCUGGCUGGGUGGCGCCCUGUGCGGGGCCACGGAUCUCAUCCAGACAAGGUCGCUGGUCAAGGAGACGUAUCUGAAGAGCGAGCACGUCCCCGACUGGAGCAACCUGUGCGACAAUCGGCCCACAGCACUGUGGUUGCGCCCAUAG